AUGAGUUAUUAAGUGAUAUUCUUGAUUUUCAUUAAGAUAAGUUUAUAAUCAACCAGAAUCAGGACAAAAGAAUCCUAUACAAUGAAUCAUGAAAUUGAAGAAGACAUUAUCAGAAUGGCUCAUAAAAAACAAACAGUAUAUGUACUUAAGUAGAUAUCUUAAAAUAAUCAUAGUUUAACUAAUGCAUACGAUGUUGAUGUAUUUGAUGAAUCCGAAUCUGAUGAACCUAUCUAGACUCCCUAUCUUUCUUUGGAUAAUAAAGAUGUUGAAUCAUUAGAAGUGAAAAAUCGUAAUGAAUUAAUUCUAAUUUUAGAAUGUGUAGGUUUUCCUAAACAUCCUUAAUUAAAAGAGAUUUUACAAUAUAAAAUUAAAGAUGCCACUGAAGAUUCUUAUUAUACAGAUAUGGUGACACUUUCAGAGUAUUCCAAUUUAUUUUUAAUGACACAAGAAUUAUAAUUGAUAUAGGUUAAACUACGUUGCAGUGAUUCUGGAUGGAUUGCCUAAGAAUCAUAGAGUGUCUUUGAUUUGAAAAAGUAACUUAAAUUACCAAAUUCAACAAUCAUAGCCAACGCUUUAUUCAGUUGUCCAAAAGUAAAAUAUUAGUUUAUAUUUUUUAGAAACAUUUAAGUUGUUUAAUCAUAACUCCUUUUGGAGGGUUUUGGGUUUCCAAAUUUUCAGAUUUCGAUUCUAAUGAUUUACCAAUUGAACCAUAUCCUGAAUAAAGAAUUAUACAAAGAAAGAUUGUUCAUAAAGUUUCUACUUUUGGAGAAUAUUUAGCAGUAGCAGUAGGUGAGGAUGGUGUAGAUUUAUAUACAUAUGAAUAAGAAGAUUAAGAUAUAUAUAAAAGAAGUAUUAUACAUUUAUUAACAAUCUCAAAGUAAUAAUUUAAUGUUACUAUUAAUAUUAUUGGAGUGAAAAUUGUGGAUGAUAAAUUAUUUUGUUUAGAUGAUACUUAAGGAUUAUUUAUUUUCAAUAUUUCUAAAAUAAGAAUGCCUAUUCAAAUAAUGGAUAUACAUAUAACUAGAAGUGUAGCAUUUGAAGUAUAUGAGAAUACUAUACUUGUUGUUGCUUAGACUCCAAGUAAUAUUGAAUAUAUUUUGGAAAUAUUCAUAGAUUUGAGAGAUCACUCUUAUUUUGUGAAUAGAGUUUUAGUUGAUGAUUUUACAUAUAGAGAUUUGUAAAUAAAUCCAAAUUAUGCAUUUUUAAUUGGAGAAGAAGCACAUUUGAUAAUUAAACAUUCAAUUUAUAAUGGAUUUGUAAAAUACAAUAAAGAAUUAGUGAAAACAUUCUUUGAAAAUUAAUUGGUUCGUUUUGAAUUAUAUAGUAAAUCAAGUGAACCUGCAGAAUUAAGAUUUAAAGAAACAUUUUAUUAUGUAGGAUUAUCUCGUUAAGCUAUACAUGUAUGGAAAUUUAUGGAUUAUCAUGCCUUUUUAUUAUGUAGUUUUGAUGAAAGAUCAGAACAUGAAAUAAUAGUUAAAUUAAAUUCAACAUCUUGUGAUGAAAAGAAUAAGAGAGAGAGUCUUUAUUAAUAAUGUUAAGCAGAAUAGAAAAUUAAUAUCUUAGUUUCUGGACCAUUAUUCUAUUCAGACACCUUUACAAUUUUAGUUUUUAUUCUAAUAUUUUCAGGCGUAUUAUUAAAUAUGAUAAAAAUAGAUUGUUUUAUGCAUUAUAUGUAUUUGUGUAUGUGUUCGUUGGAAAAGAUUAUUAAGAGAAUUAGAAGAAAAUAGAUAUUAGUUAAAAGAAAUGAAGAGAUAUGGACAAUUACCAGAAUAGGAAUAAAAUCAAAUAUGAUA